AUCAGAGAAAACCAGUUGCCUUUGCCUGCUUUCUCACAGCAGGUACUGGGUACGGUGAACAGUGCUGCAGGUAUCCUCACAGACAAAAUCAGGGCAGCACAGAAACUCCUUUUGGGUGAAGAUUGGAGAAAACAGGCAUUAGUCUCUUACCAUGGGGGAUUGGAAUUUGUUGGGUGGCAUCCUAGAGGAAGUUCACUCCCACUCAACCAUAGUGGGGAAAAUCUGGCUGACCAUCCUCUUCAUUUUCCGAAUGCUGAUUCUUGGUGUGGCUGCUGAAGAUGUCUGGGAUGAUGAACAGUCAGCAUUUGCUUGUAAUACCCAGCAGCCAGGUUGCAAUACUGUCUGCUAUGAUGAUGCUUUCCCUAUCUCUUUGAUCAGGUUCUGGGUUUUACAGAUCAUCUUCGUGUCUUCUCCCUCUCUGGUGUAUAUGGGUCAUGCACUUUAUAGACUCAGAGCCUUUGAAAAAGAGAGACAGAGGAAAAAGUCACAGCUUACAGCCCAAAUGGAGAAUCCAGAGCUUGAAUUGGAGGAGCAACAGAGGAUAGAUAGAGAACUAAGGAAGUUAGAGGAGCAGAAGAGGAUCCAAAAAGUCCCUCUAAAAGGAUGUCUGCUGCGAACUUAUGUCUUACACAUCUUGACCAGAUCUGUGCUGGAAGUAGGGUUCAUGAUAGGCCAAUAUAUUCUCUAUGGGUUUCAAGUGCAACCCCUUUACAAAUGCACUCAACCUCCUUGCCCCAACGCAGUGGAUUGCUUUGUAUCCAGGCCCACAGAGAAGACCAUUUUCAUGCUCUUUAUGUACAGCAUUGCAUCCAUCUCUUUGUUCCUCAACGUACUGGAAAUACUUCAUCUGGGGAUCAGGAAAAUCAUGAGGGCACUUUAUGAUAAAUCCAGCAGUGGGGACAUUGAGGAUGAAAGAGGACAUCCAUUCCAUUUGAAAAAAUAUUCAGUGGCCAAGAAGUGUAUGAUUUGCUCUCCCUUCCCUGAAAGAAUCUCUCUACUUCAAGCCAACAAUCAACAGCAAGUCAUCCGAGUCAAUGUACCAAAGUCUAAAACCACGUGGCAAGUUGAGACCAGCCAAGUUGAAGUAGACCCUUGCUGUAGUAAGAAAGACUGGGCUGAGAAGGAUCAGCACAGCGGACAGCUCCAUGUCCACAGCCCAUGUCCCUGGGGAAAUGGUGCUAGAAUUCAGCACCAGGGACAGCAACCAGACCGGUCUUCCUUUGGCCUGCAGAAUGCAAUGCCCCAGUCCUGGCUAGGUACAACAGUGGCUCCUAGACAUUGUCAAUCACAUACAACAGGACCGUGGGAGCAGCCCCAGAACCGGCAACUCUCAGGGGAGCCUCUCACAGAUUUGCACAGUCACUGCAGACACGGCAAUGGCAGCAUAAGAGAGGGCAAGGUCUGGACAGACAGAUCUUGCCGGGGCAGUCGCAAGGCCAGCUUUCUGUCCAGGUCGCUGUCUGAAAAGGGGCAGCUGUACAGUGACUCAGGAAGCUCCAGUUCUCGAAAUAGCUCUUGUUUGGGCUUUCCACAUCGGGAAAACAGUCCCUCGCUUCUGCCUCCAGCCACUGGGCGCAGAACAUCAAUGAAUAUGCUUCUAGAACUUUCAUCUAUUAUGAAAAAAUAAUGCAUGUAUGGAGUCAGAAUAUUGGACCCAGGAGCAGCGGGCAUCUGUGAGAAAAGUUGUGUGUUUGUCAGCCCAAACUACAGGAGGAAAUGCAGGCACCAUCCCCUCCAGAGCCACCGGCCAGGCGAUGGCUGUGUACUGGGGGAUCCCAGCUGGGCUCUCUGACCACUGGGGACAGCCUCUCACUGCCCGGCUUGGCCACACUGCCUGAGGCCAGCCUGACACCAGGGAAGCAGUCCACACCAUCAGAGAAAUUCUUGGGGGCAAGAACUGCUGCCCAAGGGGAGUGGGGGAAGAGUGGGAUGUGCUGCCUUCUCUGCCAGCAGCCCGCUCUGCAGCAGCAGCAGACCUUGAACAUGGAUACAGAGCAUGCCAGGAGUUCUGCCAGCAACGUGGGCUCAACAUGCUUCUUGUCUGUACAGGGGAGGUUGGUGAGGAGCUUUUUAUUUUCUUCCUCUCAUCAGCUCAUUUAUUUCUUGGGGAUGAAGCAGCUGGAUGUUCUUAAGAUGCCUCUCUGUAAAAUAUUGAUUACAACAUUGGCCAACACUCCCAUCGCAUGACUUUAUCCUUCUGCUGUGAUCCAGCGACAUCAGUGGUGAUGCCAUGACUGUGGGCCAACAGGUGCCGGUGGGAUUGCAUUUUGGACUUCCAGGGGAGGGACUCAAACUGGCACUGCUUCCUCACCUUCAGCGCCCUCCCAGUUGUCCUGAGCCAUCCAGGGGAGGUGCACCAAAAAGUACUUAACACUUCUUCUAGAGCACAGAGGCAGGGGGGCUGUGUGAUGUGCACUAACUAUACAAUCUGUAUGGCUGGUUGGCUGGUUGUUACUGUCCAAGUUCUGAGAGUCAUAAAGGUGGGUUCAGUUCCCAUGGGAGAAGCCAGGUAGCUCCUGCAUCCUCCAUCCCAUGGCCAGAUUCCCCUAUCCCUGGCCACACACCUUGUUUAAUAAACACUUCAAGUUAUUAGGAGAGUCAGUUCAGUCCAAAGACACAAAGCUCUGUGUCAUCUAUAUCCUGUUUUAUCCUUUUACCUUUAUCCUGAGAUAAAAUCCAAAUUCCUUAGGCUGGCACGUAAAGCCUUCACAGGCUGGUCCCUGCCUCAUGUUUGUUCCCUACCUGUCCCCUAGCCUGUCCCCUAACACAGCUGCUUACUGAGUAAAGCAGAUUGCCCUCCCAAUGUGGAUGACCAUCCUCCAAUCUGUUGGGGGCCUGCACAGAAUAAAGAUAGAGGAAGGAUGAA